UUUCUCUCUCUCUUUUUCUCACUCUUGCGGCUAGGGUUUUGUCUCUCUCUCUCUCUCUCUCACAUACACACACUCUCACACAGACACACACACACACACACUCUCAUAGAUCUAUAUUCCGAUGACGAAGGAGUUGUUAAGCUAGGGUUUUUGUCCUAACCCCAAAUCUCUCACAAACCCCAAACCCACAACCUCUCUCUCUCUCUAUAUUCGUUACCAUUUUUUCUCUAAUUUUUUAGAGAGAGAGAAUAAUGGCGACCAUGAAUCCCUUUGAUUUGUUGGGUGACGACGACGCCGAGGACCCGUUGCAGCUGAUCGCAGCUCACCAGCCUAAGCCAGCUGCCUCCACCGCCGCCGUGGGGUCGCAGUCGAAGAAGCCGUCGCCGGCUCAGUCCAAGCCGGCUGCGGUGGUGGCUCAGCCCGCUGCUAAGCUUCCCUCCAAGCCUCUCCCUCCAGCUCAAGCUGUGAGGGAGGCAAGGAGUGAGCCUCGGGGAGGUGGUCGUGGUGGUGGACGUGGAUAUGGACGCGGCCGUGGUGGUGGCGGUGGUUACAAUCGUGACUCUGCCAACAAUGAGGGAUCGUUCCCUGAGAGUGGGGCUCCUGCCGGUCAAGGUGCUGUUGAAGGAGGGGAUUCUGGGAGGUCUGGUGAGAGGCGUGGCUAUAGUGGACCUCGGGGACCUUACCGUGGUGGCGGUGGCGGUGGUGGCGGCGGUGGUGGUCGCCGUGUUAGUUUCAGUAAUGGAGAAGCUGGUGAUGUGGAACGCCCUCGAAGGGCAUUUGAACGCCGUAGCGGAACUGGGCGCGGAGGUGAGGUCAAACGUGAUGGAGCUGGUCGUGGGAACUGGGGAACUCAGGCUGAUGAAGUUGCUCCGGUUGCUGAAGAAGCCAAUGAAACUGAGAAGAAUGUGGGUGAUGAAAAGCCAGUGGGAGAGGAAGAGGCAUCAGAUGCCAACAAGGAGACUCCUGCUAAUGAAACUGAAGAAAAAGAAGCCGAGGAUAAGGAGAUGACUCUGGAGGAGUAUGAAAAGGUGCGGGAAGAGAAGAGGAAGGCCCUGCUGACACUUAAGACUGAGGAAAGAAAGGUUGAUGCUAAGGAGUUUGCAUCCAUGCAACAGCUUUCAAACAAGAAGGAAAAUAAUGACAUAUUUAUCAAAUUGGGCUCUGAAAAGGAUAAGCGGCGAGAGGCUCUUGAGAAGGAAGAGAAAGCCAAAAAGUCGGUCAGCAUCAAUGAGUUCUUGAAGCCUACUGAAGGAGAAAGGCACUUCACCCCUGGUGGUCGUGGUCGGGGUCGUGGUCGUGGUUCAAGAGGAGGGUUCAGUGGAAACACAAUAAUAAGCAAUGUGGCAGCCCCAUCUAUUGAAGAUCCUAGUCAAUUCCCAACCUUAGGUGGCAAGUGAGAUUAUCCAAGGCCCUGCGAUAACAAUCUCAAUGGUUUUUACAUUUUUGGGUUCUUUGGUCUAAGCAGGAAAAUGACUCAAUAAUUGGAUUUCCUGUAUUUUUAAAAUUUUAUGCCUUAAAAUGUAAAUUUCAGGUUGCUCUUCAUAUGUUCCCCUGUAGUUUUUCUUUUCUUUUUUUUUUCUUUUCUUUUAAUUGGUAUGCUUUGUUUUACUGUUUUUGAGACAUUGGGGCAUAUGAGACCAUUUACUUAUGAUUACAAUUCAUUAUUGCCUA